GCGAUCCAAAGAAGAACAAUCCAGAGCACUCUCCUUCUCCUCUUCUUCCUCUGCUUUCUUCUUUUUCCUUUAUUGGUAGCUCUGAAAUGGCCAGCAGCUACAACAAGAUUGACACAGCCGAGCCGAGCCAUGGACCUGGCCCGACAACGAUCCAGCUCGGGGCAUCUAGGCCACCCAAGAAGAAGAAGAAACUCAUCUUCCUCGGCAUUGCUGUCAUGGCCUUGCUCUUGGUCUGUGGUGUUGCCGUCUCCCUCUACGUUCGGUCUCGAGUCACUGACUCGCGGCGGAGGCCGUCAGUCCAGCCGAGCCAGGCGGUCGUGUUGGCCUGCGGGCAGACCCGGUACCCGAGCCUCUGCCUCAAGUCGCUGACCGGCUUCCCCGGUUCACACGCCGCAGCGAAGUCCGAUCUCGUGCGAAUCUCCGUCAACCUGACGCUCCGGCACGUUGGCCAGGCAGUUUCCGGCUUGUCGGGGCUCGCCGGAGCGUCCAUGACCCGAAUCGCCCGGCGAGCAGUGAAGGACUGCCUGGAGCUUUUGGAAGAUUCCAUGGACCAAUUGUCGAAGUCGAUGGCCGCGGCGGCGAGCGGCGGCGGGAAUACCGCCGACGUCAUGACAUGGCUGAGCGCGGCGCUCACGAACCAGGACACAUGUAUGGAGGGGAUGGGCCAGGGGACGGAGGGAGUGGUUCGAGACCGGGUAGCAGCGCAGCUAGAGAACCUGGAGGAGAUCAUCAGCAACUGCCUGGCGAUCUACGCCAUGGCCAGCGGCGCGCGGGACUACGCGGGGAUACCCGUAAAGAAUCGGCGGCUGCUGGAGGCCGCGCCGGGAAGUUUCCCGUUGGAGGAGGAUGGGUUUCCUGCGUGGCUAACGGCGAGGGACAGGAGGCUGCUGACAAUGGAGAUGAAGGACGUGCAGGCGGACAUCGUCGUGGCUGCCGACGGGUCGGGAACGUACCGGACCAUCACAGAGGCAAUCAAGGCCGUGCCGGAGCAGAGUACGAAGCGGACUGUUAUCUACGUUAAAACCGGCAGAUACCAAGAAUACCUGAAGGUGGCAAGGAAAAAAUGGAACGUGUUGAUCAUGGGAGACGGAAAGGGCAAAACCGUAAUCUCGGGUGCAAGGACCAUCCAAGAAGGAUAUACCACCUUCCACACGGCAACUUUUGCCGCUACGGGCUUCGGAUUCAUUGCUCGGGACAUUACAUUCGAGAACUCCGCCGACCCCUCCAAGCAUCAAGCCGUCGCCCUCCGCAUCGGCGCCGACCACGCCGUGAUAUACCGCUGCAGCAUCAUCUCCUACCAGGACACUCUCUACGUCCACUCGCAGCGGCAGUUCUACCGGGAAUGCGACAUCUACGGCACGGUGGACUUCAUCUUCGGCAACGCCGCCGUGGUGAUACAGAAGUCCAACAUCAUCGCCCGGAAGCCGAUGGCUAACCAGAAGAACACCAUCACGGCGCAGAACCGCAAGGACCCCAACCAGAACACCGGCAUGUCCAUACACGACUGCCAGAUUCUAGCGGCGCAGGACCUCGAACCAGUCAAGAACAGCGUGCCCACCUACCUCGGCCGGCCAUGGAAGCUCUAUUCCCGCGUCGUGUACAUGUUGAGCUACAUGGGCGACCACAUUGACCCCAGCGGUUGGCUGCCAUGGAUGGGCUCCUUUGCGCUGGACACGCUCUAUUAUGGGGAGUACAUGAACUACGGCCCCGGCGCGGCCACCGGAAAGAGGGUGCAGUGGCCUGGCUACAGAGUGAUCACCAGCGCGGAAGAGGCCGGCAAGUUCACCGUUGCUGAGUUCAUCUAUGGAACGUCCUGGCUUCCUUACACUGGAGUUGCCUUUGUGGGUGGCUUGUCGUGAAUGCAGACAGUGGUCGGCUGGUUUGGGCACUAGGUCAGACUCAACUCAUUUUUUGUGGGUGGUGAAGCAUGGAGAAGUUAAGUUGAUCACACUGAAGGAAUGUGGGUUUCGUCUUUGGAAGGUUUACUUAUGCAUGAUAGUUACAUAUAUGGUUCCAUGUCUUACGUGCUUCUGAUCUCAAUUUAAGUCAGUUAACACAUGAAGAAUAAGGCACUUGAUUUAUUUGAAGGAUCAGAUAUUGGUCACAAGUGUAAAUAUAUGUUUUUCCAUGCAGAUAUUUUCCUUCUUCCCCCAGUUUUAUUGGAUUUCCUUCUUUUGUACGUUUCAAACAUGCAUUAGUACUUGGUAUUUUAUUUUGAUGAAAUGAAAGGCCCAAUUGGUUCAA